UUUUGAGAAUGAAGAACAGUAUUAGGUACUUCAAAUUUACAGCUUUUGGAUGGCAAAUCCAAUCAUUCUCUCCCACUUCCCAUUGCUUUUAAUUGAUCUUUAAAUUUUCUUCAUCGGAGCAAACGGCGCCUUUUGAGUGGUAGGUGUUGGUAGCUGAAGAUUUCCUCCGAUCGUAAGAUCAGAUCCUUCCUCCCAAAUUCGAUUGAAGACGAAUUCGAAGAAGAAGUUCGUGUAGAUGUCCCCGUCAAAUAGUUCGUCAAGUGGAGUUAGUGGACAUGGUGGACCGAAUUACAUAGAACAUCAAAUUUCCAAAAUGGAUACUCUCGCCGGCAUCGCCAUUAAGUAUGGAGUCGAGGUGGCUGACAUCAGGAGGUUGAAUGGCUUGGCAGCAGAUCUUCAAAUGUUUGCUUUGAAGAAAUUGAGAAUUCCUCUACCAGGAAGACAUCCACCAUCACCCAGCUUGUCUGAUGCUUCUACUGUUACAGGAAGUGGAUCUGUAAAUGAAGAACCUCUACAUCUAGGCCAACCAACUGAUAUGCUAAACUCUUCGCCAUCUUCGAGAUUGAAAUCACCGAACCCGAAAGCCUCCCCUGCCAUGAGUACAUUACAAAAAUAUUAUGGUCUAGUGUCACGAACAGUCGAGAAUGCACCCGAAGGAAUGGAGAUGGCAUUAUACAGAACUGAGGAUUCAAAUUUCAUUGAUGAUGGGUUGUUUCCCAAAACCUCUGAGCUUUCCACACCACCUUCAAACAUUCACUCGAAGACCAGGAAAUACGCCGGUAGUUUCUGGCCUGAGAACGAGUCAAUAACCGAACAUCUAUUAUGUACAGAACCUGGAGAUGGAGAGAAUGAAAAAUCUGAUGAAAAGCUGGUUCGCAGGCGUCAAAAGGCUGAAAAUGGCGUUGGCACCCCAGAAAGAUCGUCGAAGGGCGAAAAUAGUAGUGGAGGCUUCUUUUCUGGUUCAAAUGGGAAGAGUUUAGCCAUGAGGCUGAAAUCAGUUAGCAGAUCAAUGUUACUAUCGGAUUCGGAUCCAGUUCGGAUAAACUCGAUUCCAGUAGGAUUAGGAGAUGCUAUAAUUACUGAUGGCAUUUCUGAAGUUCAUAAAUCAUUAAGUACAUCAAACCUGAGAGACCAAGAUAGCAGCAGCAGCAGUUCAGCAUCUGUGUGGGCAACAACAAGGUGGAGUUUAAAGCCGGACUUGCAAGCUCUCUCAAGUGCUUCAAUCACAAAGCCACUCUUCGAUGGUUUGCCAAAUCCAAUCACAGGGCGCAGGAACAAAGCAGCUCUUGAUUAACCAAGGUCAUAUAAACUCUGUUCAUAUUCGCAUUCAUCGAACUGCUUCAUUCUUUUGGUGUUGGCCCGAAAAUUCUUUUGCAAGUGUUAUUACAGGAAUGUAUAGGUAGGGAUGCGAAAUAAGAGAAAGAUGGAUUGUUCGAGGAAGUUAACACUGGUAAAUACUACACCAACACAUAUAUAUUCUUUUUGUUGAAGAUUGAGUCGUGUGGGGUAAGGGGUGAUGCUUACUGUGAGGAGCGUAUUUUCAACCUGACGCUAUAUCUUAAGAUACGUACUUUAUUUGUACUUAAAAGAUAUUUGUUGUCAUCAACUACUAUUAUAUUUCCACGAAAAAAUUGCUAAGACUCAUUGUUGAAGUUA